AUGGAUGGAUCCCACGGACAUCACCACCAUGGCAAUGGCACAUUGGGCAACUCAACGAGCGCGAAUCCCAAGCCCGCCUCGUCGAUUAACUAUGGGCCCGAGUUACUGGCCGCCGUGUGGACCAUGAGCGCAUUGUCCAUCGUGGUGGUGGCGCUCCGCUCCGUCGGCAAUGCCAAGUUUGGGAACUUUCAGAUCAGUGAUCUCGUCACCUUGUUCGCGUUGAUCCUGCUCUUCAUCGCUGCCGUCCUCUCGAAUGUCGCGGUGGACUAUGGAUACGGACAGACUGGCAGCGCGCUGGAGCUACACCGCGAAAUGAAUUCGCUCAAGUACUCCACCAUUAGCCAGGCUGUCAUAACCCUAGCAGCCACCGCCGGUCGUCUCGCAUUCAUCAUCUACCUCAUCGAGCUGCUCGCCGCGCGCAAAUUACACCGGAUCAUUCUCUGGGUGCUAGUACCAUGCCAGAUAAUCGUCAACGUGAUCAGCGUAUUCCUGCUCUUCUUCCAAUGCACGACGCACGUCAACAAGCUCUUCAACCCCAGUCAAAGCAACUCCUGCAUGUCAUUAGACGUGCAAAUCGACUACGCCUACUUCCAAGGAUCAUUCAACUCCGCCUGCGACCUCCUCCUCGCCGUCUUCCCCAUAUACAUCUUCUGGCGCUUCAACUGGACCCUCAAAGUCAAGCUGGUCCUAGUCUCUCUCCUAAGCCUAGGCGUCGUCGCAAUGGCCGCCUCCCUCGUCAAAACCCUCGAAUACCCCAGCAUCGUGGCCUCCACGAACCCGCGCAUCAACCGAGUCACCCUCCUCCGAUGGAUGUUCAUCGAAGCAGGCGUGGUGCUCAUCACCGCCUCAAUCCCCUGUAUCCGUCCGCUGAUCGUGCACUUCAUCAAGAAACUUACCCACCGGGCCCAAACCCAACACCAGAAAAUGCCCAACCCAGAGACUACACAAACCACAUCCCUAAACGUGAGUCAACUAACCCAAGAUUGGAAAUCACGAUGGAUCAUGCCAUACAUGCAACAGCAAAACGGAUCAGGGGAUGAUUUGGAACGACAUAUUCUGGCGAAUAUCACGACGCAUAUAUUUGCGGGGGAUCGGGAGUUUUUGGAUAGGAAUAUACCCGGGAUUGUGAGGAAGGUGGAGGUGGAGGUUACGGUGGUGGGGGAUGAGAUUCCGUUGAGGGAGGUGGGGGGGGAUACCUAG